CAACAGCAACAGCAGCAGCAGCAGCAGCAUUUUCAGCAUUGUCAGUCCUCGGCCUGCAGCCUUGCCUCCUCGCUCACCGACUACACCCUCCUCGCCUCUACAGCAGCUCAACCGGCCGAUUUUUUUCAGCAUACCAUGUCUCAAACUCCGCCCACUCAGCCACCUCAUCACCAGCAUUCACACACCUACCCUCAGACGCACACACCAACCUACCUGCACCAACAACAACACCACAUUGUCUCACCCAACCAUACCGAGGCCUCGGCUAGCUCUUUGGCUCCAGGACAAGCCCACUGGCUGUCGGCUCUGUCUGCCGCCGCGGCGGCCAGUUCUGCAGAGUCGGCGGCGGCAGCAGCCGCGGCGGCGGUAGCGGCGUCUGCGUCAGCUUCCGGCGCACUCACCGAGCCGGGAGAUGUCACCACCGACAUGGUUGACGAAGCUGUAGCCGGGCGGAGGACGCCAAACCGGCUGGCCGGCUUCUCCAGGACGGGAGAUGUUGUGAUGAGCUUCCUGGUGAACGCUUCGGCUGAUACCUGCCCUGUAUCCUCUUCGUCUGACACAACUUCCUCAAAAGAGAUAGCAGGUGGGUGGUUGUUAUGCACUGAUCUCGUGGAGCAACGGCCUGAAAUCACUUUUUUUGCCAGCCUGUUUUUCGCUCAGACGACAAUGUGGACCCAAAGUUAA